AUAAAAUAUUCUAAAAAUAAAGAUGUUCUUGGUAAAAUGGUUCAAAGGUAUCCUAGGCUCUCUAGGAUUGUAUCAGAAGAGCGGAGACUUAGUCUUCCUUGGCCUUGAUAAUGCAGGAAAGACCACCCUGCUUCAUGUAUUGAAGGAGGACACUUAUACACAGACAGAUUCCACUAUCCAACCUCAUUCUGAGGAACUUACUAUUGGAAAUGUAAGAUUUAAUACGUUCGACCUUGGAGGUCAUGAAGUUGCCAGGAAAAUCUGGAAGAAUUAUGUCGGAGCAGUCAACGGGAUCAUCUUCAUGAUUGAUGUAACCGAUCAUGAGAGAAUGGACCUUGCAAAGCUGGAACUCAAUAAACUACUUGAAAUUCCAGAGCUCAAUGAGACACCAAUUUGAGUACUAGGUAACAAGGUUGAUAAGAAGGGAUCCCUUACAGAAGAAGAACUAAGAGAGGAACUAGGACUUCUUCCCCACCAGACCUACGGAAAGGAUGGAGGCAUGAACGCAGAUGCCAGAAGAGUAGAGGUCUUCAUGUGCAGUGUUCUCAAAAGAGCUGGUUAUCAGGAAGGUUUCCAAUGGAUCUCAGAGUUUUUAGAUUAGGAAAAUACCAUAAAAUUAUAAUUUAUCGCAGGUAAUAAUAU